AUGGCUGGCGAUCCGGAUGCUGUGAAUAGGGAGUUUGUCUCCCAGAACAUGGAUUCUGAUCUUCAAUUCAUCCUGGGGGAUUCCGGAGUGAGCAUUGGGCAUCAGGCGGCAAUUGCCAGGAGGUAUGGGACCUUGAGAAAGUUCUCAGCCUUGGCCGACGACCGUGCGGCGAUUCGGACCGCUUGCUUGCAUGAUUUCGCGAUUCCUCAGGACACACCCCAAGGUAGAGCUGAGACUGCCGCCGUUGUUUCCUCUUGGGAGAUUGCUAAGGAGUUUCUUGCAAAGGAGGUGGAGCUCAGAGCGGAGGCGAAGGUGUUGGGACAGCCUCGCAUUCUUCAGAUUCACGAGAGGCAGGCGAUGGUGAAGGCUGUGGAGGCAGUCUAUGGUUCACUUGGUGAAUCGGAAUGCCCUGCUCCGGACUAUCUUUCACUCAAAGCUGAGGAAACCGAGGCGAACGAGCCGACUGCCUCGCCCUUAGAUGAGAUCAUCAGCAAGCAGGCAUCAUCUGUCUCCCAGCUUCAAUCCGCAGUUGACUCGACAGGUCUCAUUCGUGUCACUCGCAUGAAAAGUAAAUCCAAGAUGCCUGCCAACACCGAAGAGUAUCGUAAAGUGAUGAAGGUAGAGAUGUAUGCUUGGCUUUCCAUGGCCUCUAGGUAUAGAUCCAAGCAUUGGCUGCAUGGUUUGACCGCCGAACCUUUCACUAAGUUCGUAGAAUAUAUUCUUGGAGAGCGUGUCUUGAAUAUUCAGAUCCCGACCUCAUCACCUGAGCAGCAGCAGAAGGUCAAGCCUGAUUGGACUAUCAUUCUUGCGUACGAGCACAAAUUGCGCCGGGAGGCCAUGAAGUUGGUAGUCAACCAAGGCCACACAUUGGCCGACGCGUUGCAUGCUGUCAUUCGCGACGCCGACCUCAAAGAAGCAUUCUUCACAACACCCGUGGCAUUGAAGGCAGCUCAUGCUUCCUUUGAGACUCCGCCAAACAAGUUUGCCCGCCCCUUUUGGAAAGGUGCGUAUUCGAAGGGUUACCAAACUGACAAGGGCAAAGGGAAAGGAAAGAAAGGAAAGGGCAAACACAAGCAGCAGGACUCUCGUUUAGCCGGGUUGAAAGCUGAGGAGCAGGGUUUGAUCCGUUUGGAGCUCAGAGAGUUGGACAUUGAGCGGUCGAGUGAACAUGAUUUGACCGAUGAUGCGCUCUGGGAUUCCCUUUUUGCAUUACUUCGAGAAGGUCACUUCCUCUUCGAGCACCCAGAGGAUUUGGGCGUCGUGCACGGGGAGCACCCCGGUUCCGUUUGGCAGUGGCCUGAGAUUCGUGAACUCAUUGCAUCCACUACUGCACAGUGGCCCCCAAAGGCACGGGGCGAGAGGCGUUCUGAGGAGAUGAAAAGAUUGGCUGCUGCCACCUUCGAUCUUCUUAGUGACACGGUUCGCCAAGUCAUACAGGACCCCAGGAAGGAAGCUUUCCGGCUUGUGACGGGCAAGCUGACGCAAUCCCCUUUUCCUGCUGAAGUGUUGACGCCUCUUCGCAGCAAGUGGGCAGAGCUUCUCUCGGACCCGGGGGAUGCACUUGUGGUGGAUCAAGGGCAGCCCUUCCUCCUGAGGGGUCUUGCUCAGUGGCUCGGGGUGUUUGAGGACCCUGAUGCGAAAUGGCUUGUGGAUGUGGAGGAUUCGUUUGCCUCAGGCGUUUGCCUUGGGGUCGAAAAGCCCCUUCCUCGGUCUCCCCAGGUUUGCCCUCCAAAGGUCAAGCACCGCAAGUUGGACGAGUCAGAGUUUUCCCCAAGUGCACAGAACUAUGCAUCGGCUGACAUGUCUUCUUCAGAACUUGAAGCCAAGUUUCGAGAAGAGGAGGCACUGGGCCGGAUGUUCCCAUCUAAGCUGGGUGUGCUUCGUGAGCAGUAUGGUGAUAAGUUGAGGGUUGCAUCAAUGGCAGCGAUCAAGAAACCGGACGGCAGUGUGCGCCCCUUGCACGACGGGACUCAUUCCGUGAGGGUGAACAACGUCAUUCGGUACCAAGACCAGCUUGAGUGCCCCGGUCCAGGGGAGAUCGCAGCAGUGGUUCGCACUUCGGUCGAGUCCAGGGAGGCACCCUUCUGCGUUUCCGCUGACAUAAAGGCAGCCCACCGUCUCGUGAAAAUCCGUAAGGCCGAUUGGGGUUACAUGUGUUGCAGGGUCGACUCGUCUUCUGAAACAGUGUGGGUCAAUCAGGUUGGGACGUUUGGGAUCUCUACGGUGCCUUUAUUGGUCAACAUAAGUUUUGGCUCAUUUGGGUGUGGCUGCUCGCCUUUGAACUCGUAG